UCUGCGGCAUGGCAUGGGUACGAUCAGGAACAGCGCGAAGGCGGCUGCUUCAGCUGGCCACUGGAGCGGGACGGGUGAACGAUGCUGCAGUGGCUGGAGUGAGGCUUCCUCCGUGCUCAUGCGAUGCAGCUGUGAGGCUUCGAGUGGUGUCAUCUUGUGCACCAAGGAGCUCUCAAAAGGUGAAAAAGAAAACUGCCUAAUCAAAGAGCAAAGAUGCAGAGCACUUCGAAUUACCUCUGGCUGUUGUCUGACAUUCUAGGACAGGGAGCUACUGCAAAUGUUUUCCGAGGACGACAUAAGAAAACUGGGGAUUUAUAUGCUGUCAAAGUAUUUAAUAGUAUAAGUUUCCUUCGUCCUGUGGAUGUUCAGAUGCGAGAGUUUGAAGUAUUGAAGAAACUAAAUCAUAAGAACAUUGUCAAAUUGUUUGCCAUCGAAGAAGAGACAACAACUAGACACAAAGUACUAGUUAUGGAAUUUUGUCCAUGUGGGAGUUUAUAUACAGUUUUAGAGGAACCGUCUAAUGCCUUUGGUUUGCCAGAGUCUGAGUUCUUAAUUGUUUUGAGAGAUGUGGUGGCUGGGAUGAAUCAUCUCCGGGAGAAUGGAAUAGUGCACCGUGACAUCAAACCAGGCAAUAUAAUGCGUGUUAUAGGUGAAGAUGGUCAGUCUGUUUACAAACUCACAGACUUUGGUGCUGCAAGAGAACUUGAAGAUGAUGAACAAUUUGUUUCCCUGUAUGGCACAGAAGAGUAUUUACAUCCUGAUAUGUAUGAGCGAGCAGUUUUGAGGAAAGAGCAUCAGAAAAAGUAUGGAGCAACAGUUGAUCUGUGGAGCAUAGGGGUGACCUUUUACCAUGCUGCAACAGGGAGUUUGCCUUUCCGGCCUUUUGAAGGACCUCGUAGAAACAAGGAAGUGAUGUAUAAAAUAAUCACUGGAAAGCCUUCUGGUGCUAUUUCUGGAAUACAGAAAGCAGAAAAUGGACCAAUUGAGUGGAGCUGGGAAAUGCCUGUUUCUUGUAGCCUUUCAAAGGGUCUGCAAGUACUGCUCACACCUGUCCUUGCAAAUAUUCUUGAAGCAGACCAGGAAAAAUGCUGGGGAUUUGACCAGUUCUUUGCAGAGACGAGUGACAUACUGCACCGAAUAAUAAUCCACAUCUUUUCACUACAGCAGAUGACCUUGCACAAAGUUUAUAUACACAGCUAUAAUACAGCUGCUAUAUUUCAUGAAUUGGUCUACAAACAGACAAAAAUACCAUCUCAGAAUCAAGAACUGAUAUAUGAAGGUCGGCGCUUAAUACUUGAGCCUGGCAGAUUGGCGCAGCACUUCCCCAGAACAACUGAGGAGAAUCCUAUCUUUGUAGUAAGCAGAGAGACUGUGAACAUUGUUGGAUUAAUCUAUGAAGAAGUUUUACUUCCUAAAGUACAUCAACGUUAUGAUUUGGAUGGGGAUGCCAGUAUGGCCAAAGCAGUAACAGGUAUCGUAUGUUACGCCUGUAGAGUUGCCAGUUCUUUGCUACUUUACCAGGAGCUGAUGCGAAAAGGAAUACGAUGGCUAAUUGAAAUAAUCAAGGACGAUUACAAUGAAAUGGUUCAUAAAAAGACAGAGGUGGUCAUCCGGCUGGAUUUCUGCAGCAGAAACAUUGAGAAAGCUGAGAAAAUAUAUGAGAAUUUGAUGCAGAUCAACUUGGAAGCAUCAGAAGUGGAUGAAAUUUCAGAGAUACACACAAAACUGUUGCGUCUGUCCAGCUCUCAGUGCACAAUAGAAACUAGUCUUCAAGAUAUCAAAAACAAACUUUGUCCUGGAGGUUUACUGGCUGACACCUGGGCAAAUCAGGAAGGCAUGCAUCCAAAAGACAGGAAUCCAGAAAGGCUGCAGGCGCUGCUAUGUUCCAUCACAGAUAUUUAUUAUCAGUUCAAAAAAGACAAAGCAGAACGAAGGCUUCCUUAUAAUGAAGAACAAAUUCACAAGUUUGACAAGCAGAAGCUGUAUUUGCAUGCUACAAAAGCCAUAGCUCUAUUCAAAGAUGAAUGUGUCAGCAAGUAUGAUACUUUUUUGGACAAGGCUCAAGACUGGAUAAGGAAAAUGCUUCACACAAGGAAGCAGCUACUGGCUCUCACCAACCAGUGUUUUGAUAUUGAAGAAGAGGUAUCCAAAUACCAGGAUUAUAUAAAUGAGUUACAAGAUGCUCUGCCACAGAAAAUGUUUACAGCUUCCAGUGGGAUGAAACAUACGAUAAAUACAGUCUAUCCAAGCUCAAACACAUUGGUGGAAAUGACUCUUGGUAUGAAGAAACUAAAGGAGGAAAUGGAAGGGGUUGUUAAAGAGCUGGCGGAGAACAAUCAAAUUUUGGAAAGGCAAGCAAUUGUUUUCCCUUUUUGGGCUGAUACCAGGAACAGGCCUAAUUUGGUACAUUUCAUAGAUCCAGAACUUAAACUAAAGGACGAUUCUAUAAUCUCUUUAACUGCAAAUAUAUUUUUGAACUGUUGAUCCGAGUGUAACAAAAAAAGAAUGUGUGCAAAACCUUGAAAUGUUACUGCAGAAUCAUUCUGACACAACAAUCGUAAUUUUUGUUUCAUAUUACUUAUAUUUAGCUAAUAAAAAUGUCUGUUGCACAGACAGAUUAAUUCUGAAUUUAAACACAGUACUUUUGCAGCAAUCCAGGUAUGUCUUUAUUUCCUCACUUGUAGACGUAAUUUUUAACAAGUGUGGUACUAUACCAGUCUGAAUAAUUUUUCAGUUUUCAGAUUGCUUAAAUAAAGUGAAGAGAAAGAGGCCAACAUAUUUCUUACAAUCCUGAGAGGGUCCUGUCACUAUCACAUACAGAAUGACUGAAUUUUUAUGAUGAUGAUGAUAAAAUACAUAAAAAUAAUGAUCUCCUGAAAGCUUCAGGGUAAAUUGCUGGUAGAGCUGAGCUCAGCUUCAAGCUGAAUUGGUUUUGUUCUGUCCCCCACCCCCAGUCUCGUACUUGGAGCACAGUAUCCUUUCUUCUAUCUUCUUUUCACAUACAAAAGUUAGGUACAAAUGCAUGUGUUGGCACGUGGCAAAGGAAAAGAAAAACUCGUAAAUAAAUUAUAAUGAAUUAUGGAUUGGUUCUAUAAUCUAGUCAGUCGCCUAAGGCUACACUGUUUUUUCAUUUUAGAUUUGGUGCUCUGACUACAGAUGGUGGCCUGCGGAGUGUGGACUGUAUUUCAAAGGACAGCUUUCAAAGGACCUGAAGAGGGCUUACACAUUUUUUCAAAGGGAAAAAAAUACUGUUGGGACAUUUAAAGCAAAUAAUGACUCUGAAUCCAGGGCUUUUUUCUCCCCCUCUACAACUGUAGUAUUCAAAAAAUGUAAAUAUGUAUAAUAUGUAAAUAUGAAAGAAAUAUAUAUCUUUUUUGGUCAAUGUUAGAAUAGAAUUACACCUGGCAGGGAAUUUAACCCCUCAGAGGAUCUCUGACAAAGUCCUGAAGGCAAAAGUGUUGUUGAUGAAAUUGGCAUUUGUUUGCUUUGAAUAUUGCCCCUUUUUCAGAAUGCAGUUUAGUCUUUAUUACAAGAGGACUUGCAGGACUCUAAACGUUAGGAAUAGUCUUUAAAGGGUGUUUUAAAUUUCUUUUAACCACCGCUAUUAUAUUGGAGUCUAGCGGAAUGACUCUGAUCGUCACAGAACGUGAUGACUGUUUUAAAUUAGGUCUUUUUAAAUAAGCCUGACUAGGAACUGACAGCACAGCUAGGAGAACGGAAAUGCAUUUCUCUUUCCUUCACAUCCAAAUUGUUGCUUCACUUCUACUUGAGCAAACAAAUCCACGGUAUUUGUUUUAAGUUCCACCCCGUAUCUGGUGCCAUGUUGUCUGUAAUCAUCUGACUGCUCUGUAUAUGGAAGUUUUGCACUCCAGGUUGUCAAGGCUGAAUGUAAAAAUUCCUUUUUUAGAGUACAGCAUUUCCAGAACUUCCCCGAAAUCUUGUUAUUCACCACAAGAUAAGUGGGUUCUUUUAAAAAGCUUUUUCAGAAUCCUGUUUGCAGGCAUAAUUUUUAAAAAAGGUUAAAAAUCGGUGUGAGGAGAAUUUGUGGGCAGUCGGUAGAUAGCAUGGUGCCUCAGUGGUAACUGAAUAUUGGAAAAAUAAGUUACCAGUCUUGAUCUUGAAAAGGGACCGCACCUGCUGCUGACUUAGGACUGAGGUAAUCAAACUUAGGUGGAAAUACAUAGUAAGACUAUGUAUUUAUUUUCCAGUAUCAGUAGUUACUACUUUCAGUAUGACGUGAUUGGGUUGCAGAGAUGCAGAAUGAAACAGUCUGCUCCAAAAUAGGUAGGAAAGGAGAAAGAGAAGAGGUAAACAAUCAAACAAAAACUGAGAAGAUGUCCCUCACUUUGUUUGGAUGACACAGGUGUACUUAUCUGUCUCAGCCAAAGAGCAUGCAAAUACUGCAGGACUCAUCCUUUCCUUGUGGAAACCUGGCCACAUCUGUUCAGUGGUGUCCGAUAGCACUUGUAAUUGCUGGAUCACAUCUGUAAGAAGAGCUGGACUGACUAUAUUUAGAAUUUUCUGUAAUUAAUGGUGAAACAUUUAGGUAUAAACUAAACAAUGGUAUCCUGUGAUAGCAUCUGAUGGUUUUGUGUUGCUUAUUCCCUGCUUAUCUGCCCAGGUCAGAAUACAGAAUUGCAUUUUUUUUUUUUUUAAAUAUUUUAAUAGAAACUUAUUAAAUUUAUAACUGAUUCUUUCAUUGUUAAAAGAAGAGGAAAUUCACUGCCUCGAUGUCUGAGACCUGCUUUCCAGGGUUCUUGGUGAAAAUCAAAUAUUAAAAGGGAAUUCAGAUAUUUUUACACCCACGUCAGCAGCUUCUUUCUUUGCAAGCUUUGUCUCCCAAAAAAUCUAGCUAUGCAAGAGGAGUGCAGCGGUUUGUUACAUGUUUUUCCUUGGCUAGCCAUGGUAUUCUUAACUGUUUGUUUUAAAAUACCAGAAUCACAUCUAACUGGAAUGUUUUAAUGCCUGCUCGUACGUUUGUCCUUUCACGCCUGCGGUCUUGCCGAGCGUCAGUAAAACACAUGCGUAAGUGUUAAAAGAAUCAGGCUUUCAAACCUCACAAGCUGUAUUUUUCUCCAAUAUUACAGCUGUAAUGCUUUGUUGUUUCAAAGGUUCUUAAUUUUGAAAGAAGUCAAACGUUAGCUGGAAUGUAUCAUUUUCAACUUCUUUAUACUGAAGCAGUCUGGAAAAGAAGGUGAAUUAUCGUAACAAUAUCGCCUGUGUAUUGAGGUAUGCGCAGCAUUCUUUUACAUCGUUGAGAAUGUUUUGUUGUAUUUUAUGUUCGUUUUAAACGUUGCUGGUUUUAGUGUUGCUAAAUACAUCAGUAAUCUUGUUAAAAUUUCUUUUUCUAAAGCAAUUUUAACCAAGCAGUAGCUAAGGAACUUGAAGUAAUGAGUUCAUAAUCUACUGAUUACAUUCUUACGAAGCAAAUAAGACUGUUUUCUUAUUUGCCUUUUCAAGGCAAAGCGUCGUGUGUAGUGCCAUCGAUUUUUGGCUCAAACUAAGUGUCCUGAUGCUAUCAAUAUUUGCUGAUUUGCCAAAAGAAGUAAUAGAAAGUAAUAUAUGGUUCUUCCUCCUGAAGCUGGUUUACUGUUGGGGGGGGGUCAGCUUAUUAUAUUAUCUGUUACUUGAACAAACCUGUCUUCGUAUGAAUUGUGAAAAUGCAUGAGUGAAUGACUUAAUGGCAUAAAUACAUCAUCAACCUCUUACUGUA